AUGCACUUAACUUUGUUUUUCGAAAUCAUGGAUGAAGAACCUCCCGAACUGCUUGUAACUAAUUUUGAGACAUUACCCAAUGAAAAUGAUCCGUUUGGACGGUUUAGCAGUGAUGACAAAACAGAAGACAAAGCCCCGAUUGUGACAACCUUGCAUAGAAGGCCAGCAGUGAGAAAAAAGGUUUCUACUGAAACUUACGGGGAACCUAGAUUUAUGGAUGAGCAACCCGAGCAUUUAGAUCUGUCACAAUCUAUGAAGGAACUCAAGCUACAUUAUCCAGAAAAUUCAGAAAAGUUGCUGAAGUAUAUUAAAGGAAGGAACUUUGAUUUGGUGCAACGUGAUCACAAUGGAUACACACCUCUUCAUGCAAUUGUCAGCAGUAGUCGUUGUGACAGAAUUGAAUGCUUGUUAAUUUUAAUGGUCCAUAGUGAAUAUGGCACUGUCUUGAUUGAUAUGCUUGGAGGAAAGAAUAAUCAGACAGCAUUGCACAUUGCAGUGCAGCUUAGAAACAUAGAGAUAGUGAAAAUCUUGCUGGCUUUUGGUGCUGACAUCAAUGCAUUUGAUGGUUUAAAUCGAACACCAUUAGAUACUAUUAGUACAAAAGAAACAGAACUUUCUCAUGAAGCCAUUUUAUCUCUUUUGAAGUCAUUGGAUGCAAAAUCCUAUCAGAGCAUUAAGAAAAGUGUUCAGUUGGGGCAAAGAUCAAGGUUAUGGUCAAUUUCGUCUCAUUCAUCCUUAAAUAAGGAGGACAAGUGUAAGAAAACAGGACAAGCUUUGGGUGGAAGGCAUUUUGCUUUGGAAGAGUAUAUGUCUGACCUUGAGAUUUCACAGAAACUAGAGAAGUAUCUCUCAGCUCAGUUUGCCACUUAUAGUGACAUAUGGGACCAUCACUUUCAAUUUGCACUUGGAUUACAACAGUUUGAAUUGCAAGGAUGGAAAACAACUUGCAAUCCAGCAAUUCGAUUUCAGGUUCAAGGAGGCAGCCGUAUACUAUUUCUUGAUGGGGGUGGUAUGCGUGGUCUUAUACAAAUUGAAAUACUGGCUAUGCUAGAGAAAUGUACUGGCAGGCAAACUAUUGAUUUAUUUGAUUGGAUUAUUGGAACAAGCACUGGUGGUAUUGUUGCAUUGGGAUUAGUUUAUGGUAAGAAGACUUUGGCAGAGCUUCGACAAGUAUACUUUAAACUAAAAGAAGACAUUUUUUCUAAGACUGGAUUUGGAAUUGGGUAUAACACUGAAGCUUUGGAAUUAAUUUUGAAAGAAAAUUUUGACUCUAACAUCAGAAUGUCAGACAUCAAGGAACCUAAGGUAUUGAUAUCUGCAGUUAUGAAGAAAACAACUAACCUUAACCUGACUUUUUUCAAUAAUUGUUUCAAUGAUGAAUUUUCAAAUGAACUAGUAUGGAAAGUUGCAAGAUAUACCAGUGCUGCUCCAAUGAAUUUUUCUGAAUGUGAUGGAUAUGUUGAUGGUGGUGUAUUAGCAAACAAUCCCAGUGAAUAUGGCUUAACUGCUAUUCAAAAUUAUCACAGAUCAGAAGGCAUCAAAUUAAACUUAUGCUGUGUUGUUUCUAUUGGUACUGGGAAGUUUCCUGCUGCAAUAUUAGGGAGUACUGAUGCACAUGAAGGUAUAUUUCACUUAUUGUCUUUAAAAAAGAAAGCGUCAAAUUUAAUGACAUUGAUUACAAAAGCUCUGGUUGAAUCUGAAGAUGUAGCUGAUAACAGUAGGAGCCGCUGUAAAGAGCAGCAAAUACCAUUCUAUCGAUUUAGUCCAAGACUUGAUGUGGAAGUUCAGUCUGGUGAAACUAAUGUUGAUGUUCUUUUAGAAAUGCUUAUGAAGACCAAAUUUCAAAUAGCAGAUGAAUGGAGGAAUGAGAUAAAAGAUCUGACCCUCUUAUUUUCAAGAAUGGAGACCUAUGAUGAGCAAAAAAGACAACAAAGACUAAAAGAUAGAAGGCAAAGACAUGCAUUUCGAUUUAAAGAAAAUGAUGAAAAUGAACUAUUUGACUGACGUAUUUAACAAUUUUGAUUUUCAUGUCCAUAGUAAUUAUUUUUAGAUACUUAUUGUUUGCUAUCGUGCCAUUUUGUGCCACAGAUGUAGAG